UCUAAACAAGCAAUUCCAAACACCCCAAAUCGGCGAAGAAGAGAAGUCCAUUUGUGUUGGGUGCGAACUGUCUGCCGUAUUGGGAGGAAAAGAGGAGUGAUCGAUUUUUCAAUUAAAGAUAAUUUGGUGUUGCUGUGAGUAAAUAGCUACCUACAGUUGAGACAAUGGACGUAGCUUCUGAUUACGCCACAAACAUUUGCAGUCACUGUGACAGAGCCAUUCCUUCUUCAAAUAUCGAUCUGCAUUAUGCUCACUGCUCCCGCAAUUUAGAAAAAUGUAAAAUCUGUGACGAUAUGAUUCCCAAAAAGCAUGCAGAAGAACAUUACUUGAGCACCCAUGCUCCGGUAUCCUGUUCAUUGUGCAGUGAGACGAUGGAACCUGAAAUCCUAUCACUACACAAAGGUGAAAAAUGCCCCCAAAGAAUCGUGACUUGUGAUUACUGUGAGUUUCCUUUACCUGCAAUCGACCUUUUUGAGCAUCAGGAAGUCUGUGGAAAUAGGACCGAGCUCUGUCAUCUCUGCAACAGAUACAUCAGAUUACGCGAAAGAACUUCCCAUGAAGUCACAUGUAAUGGUGUCCCAAAUAAUGCUGCAGAAACCUCCAGGGGCAGGGAAGGUGAAAGAGAGGGCGGUAGAAGAAGGCCCCCACCAGAAGACUUGUCUAGAAAAAAGCUUCUGUUCACCAUAGCCAUAACUGGGAUUGCUGUUGUUUUAGGGUCUAUCAUUUUCCACAGAAAACCAGUGAGCAGUGAGCUGCAUUAAAACAUCUUCAAAAUUUGUCAAGAAAAUGUUUGUGUGCACACACACUGAUUUGGUUUUGCAUUUCAGUCAGAUGUUGAUGCAGACCUCCAAACUCAUUAGCAACAUUGGUAAGAUGCAUGCCGGACUUGUGCUUGAUAUGUUUGUUCUACGAGACACCCCUGCUCCUUUUUUUACCUCAUGUAAAACGAUGAUUUGUGACUAGAAGCUAAACAUCAUCAUUCUUUCAAAAAUGCAAAUGCAAUGAUUUUCGUCUCUA